GAACCCUGCAGGGAAACACUUCCUCCAAAACACAGCAGACAGGAAACUGAACACACUCAGCUGCAGCACGGAAAUUUAUAUGACGACAUCUGAGCACGAACUCUCUUCUGCUGUCUGCUGUCUGAGGCAAUGUGUACCGGAGAGAAAACAACUUGUGAUGGUGUAGCGGGAAGAGGAGCGAUAAUGCUGUGAAGUAGAGGCCUUUUCAGGUGAAGGCAGAAUGUCCUCAGGCCAUCGUCUGAGGGAUGUGGAACAGCAACGGCCACUGCUGGAUGGGGAGGAGGGCGUAGUGGGCAGAAGUUCCAGCAGUGAAGCCAAGCAGCUCUGGUUCAUUCAGGACUGCUGUGGCAUGGUGUGUGCCUUCAUCACCUGGUUUCUGGUCUUCUUUGCUGAUUUUGUGGUCACCUUUGUCAUGCUGCUGCCUUCCAGAAGCUUCUGGUACGCUGUGGUCAACGGGGUGGUCUUCAACAGCCUGGCUGUGCUAGCGCUGGCCUCCCACCUCCGCACCAUGCUGACUGACCCGGGAGCCGUUCCUAAAGGAAAUGCCACUAAAACACACCUGGAGAGUCUGCAGCUGAAGCCAGGCGAGGUAAUCUACAAAUGUCCAAAGUGCUGCAGCAUCAAACCAGAGAGGGCUCAUCACUGCAGUAUCUGUAAGCGCUGCAUCCGAAAGAUGGACCACCACUGCCCCUGGGUCAACAACUGUGUUGGGGAGAAAAACCAGCGCUUCUUUGUCCUCUUCACUAUGUAUAUUGCUAUCAUCUCCAGUCACGCCCUGGCUCUCUGUGGAUACCAGUUCAUCACUUGCAUCAGAGUCCAGUGGACAGAGUGCAGUGAUUUCUCUCCUCCAGUGACGAUGAUGCUGAUGAUUUUCCUCUGUAUGGAAAGCCUCCUAUUCCUCACCUUCACAGCUGUUAUGUUCAGCACUCAGCUCCACUCCAUCUGCAACGAUGAGAUGAAAAUUGAGCGUCUGAAGAAUGAGAAACCAACAUGGGAGCGUCAGACUCGCUGGGCGGGGCUGAGGUCGGUGUUUGGAGGUCAUCCAUCACUGCUCUGGAUCAGCCCCUUCGCUGGUCUCAGACUACCAACGAUUCUCCCCAAACACACCUGGAAGAGCGGCCCAGAGUUCUCUGUCUGAUACACCAACGCCUGCAAAUCAAACCAUCAAACCUUGGUGGCUGUGUGGGGCCUGCAUGGGAGUCCAGCAGGGUUUGUGGAGUGCUUGUUUCCUCAGCAACUUCUUUUUACCUGGAGACUGUUCCUCUCAAAGGCUAAAACUCUGACCUUGCUGUGGGGGAGCAAAAACUGAUCUUGGACUGAUGCUGCUGAAUGUGCAGAAAAUGUAUUUCAUGUUUGUAUGACAGCAGUCAGAUUGUGAAUGUUUUUUAAUUUGCUCCUUAAGAUGCUGGAUCUUCUUAGAGCAGUUACUAACAAUCGUGAAGUUGGACCAUUUCUCUGGAAAAUAUUGUUGAAUGUCAAAGUUCUGUGCUGUGUACAUUAACUCAACUGAUGGUCAAUGAGAUGAAACGAUAAACAAAAUAUUACGAGGAUUUUUCUUUUCUGUUGGUUUUAAAUGCUAUGACAAACACGUUUAAGCAGUCACACUAGAAAUACACCGUUGUUUCACUUUUCUUAUAAACAGAAUCUUAAAUUGUUGCUUGGUAACCUCUAUCAGUCAGUUUAACACCAACGGAUUUUAUUUCUCUGAGUUCCACACUUUUCCUUAAUAUCAACCUUCUGUGUUCCACAGAAAAUACAAUACAUUGGACCUCAUGUAAGACAGCUCCUAUUCUAUACUUCUCUGAGUUUUUUUCUCAGGUUUGUUUGUAGCAGGGGCUGCACAGUGACUUGGUGGUUAGCACUUUCACCUUGCCUUCACCCUAAGUCAGCUGGGAUGGACUUCUGCUAACAGAAAUCACACUUAUUGAUGGUGAAGCCAAAAUGACAAUAUGCAGUAUUUGCUACAAAUAGAAUAAAUGUAAGGAAAAAUAUUUGAUUGCCAGCUAUGAUGCACACUCAUGUUGAUUAUUUUUCAGUGUUACUGUCCCCAACUGAUCAAUUUUUCUAUCCCUAGAGCCAGAUGGAAAGUGGCCACUUUGGUCCAGAUGGCUCAACAGCUAUUGGACGGAUUUGGUUCACACAUUUAUGCUCCUCUUGCAAUAGCCUUGAUGAUACUGUGAUUUUCUGUGUGGCAUAAUUCAUCCAAACCUUCCUAACUACAAGGAAAAAGACCAGAAAUAUGUUUUCAUUCAUUCAUUGGUAAGCAGUGCAUUUAAGAAUGUCAGGCUGACCUGUGGACCUGUGGAAGCAAUGUAUUUCAUGUUUCAGGGCAUAUGUUACCAUGGUAACAUCACACCCAUGUAUUAGCAUGCUGCCAUUAGUACUGACUUCAAAGGACCACUGUGCUUGAGUACAACAAUGUAAGAGCUGCAAACGUGAUUCAUUUAUUUAUUUAAUUUUAAUUGAUUUCAUGAACAUACACUACCAUUCAAAAGUUUGGGGUCACUUAGAAAUGUCCUCAUUUUUGAAAGAAAAGCAUUUUUUUUUUCAAUGAAGAUAAGAUUAAAUGAAUCAGAAAUACAGUCCAGACAUUAUGUGGUAAAUGACUAUUCUAGCUGGGAACGGCUGAUUUUUAAUGGAAUAUCUCCAUAGGGGUACAGAGGAACAUUUCCAGCAACCAUCACUCCUGUGUUCUAAUGCUACAUUGUGUUAGCUAAUGGUGUUGAAAGGCUAAUUGAUGAUUGAUGAAACCCUUGUGAAAUUAUGUUAGCACAUGGAUGAAGGUGUGAGUUUUCAUGGAAAACACGCAACUGUCUGGGUGACCCCAAACUUUUGAACGGUAGUGUAUCUAAGCUUUAGUUCGUUUUCAUUUGUAACUCUUCAGUCACAUAAAUGUGUAACCCUCUGUACCAACAAGCAGACUCAUGACUCAUAUUGUAGCCCAGGACCACUCCUGUAUGGUAAAAUGUAGCCACUCAGUGUGUAGAAAUCAAAAGUGCAUUGUCAUUGUGUGUUUAGUAUUUGUGGUAUGUUUGAGCUGUAUACAGUACAGUGGUACAACAUAUGUUUGGUUUAGUACUAUCUGUUUCAAACCAGAGUGACCCUCAAGACUGGAUGGUUUUCUCUCACGUCUUUGAACACUGAAACUGACCUCAAAACCACACAGGACCAAAAGUCGAUUUUAGUGUUCUUCUAUCAUUUCAUGAUGCUUCUUCUCUUGCUCAUGAGAGUCUACUUUUAUUUCACUAAGUUGUCCUUCACAAACAUUUAAUUGACUGUCUCUCCCAUAAUGUUUACCUCUGCAAAAGAAAUAUGGUCAUAGAAAAACUCUUUAAUAGUCUUAAAUAGUUUAACAUAAUCCACUGGUAUAUCUGAUGAUUUGAAGCUUUUCAUAAUGGACAUAUUUUUCUACCACUACCAAAAUAAGUACAGCAACUUAGUUUGUGUUUAAUUUAGGCAAGUACUGAAACCAUGUAAAACAUUUUGCAUUGGAAACAAUUUCAACGAGUCUGCCUUGCCGGUGAAUGUAUCUAUGUUUGAGUGAUUGUUUUUAUCAGAUUAGAGUCUUUGAUACAUUGAAUCUUUUUUCUUACUCUUCGCACAUUUAAUAAACCAAGUUCAUCUCUACCUCUUGAAAACA